UGUUUUUGUUCCGUUCCUUCAGUAUGAGCAAGAGCACUUUCAAGCGAUCGAACGACGACGCUGCGCAGGAGCUCGCCGCGGCCCGCAAGAAGCACCUCAACGAGCACCAGUCCGCAUCGACCUCGGCAGGCAGCGGCAGCCAUCAGUCAAAGCACGCAGCGGGCGGCCAACGGAAGCCAGCUGCAGGCACCAAGCCGCCGUUCAACAAGUCGAGCGCGUCGUCGUCGGACAAGAAGUUUGACUCGGACAAGAAGUUUGCGCACAAGCUUGGUGGCGCGAACAAGAGCAACAACAACAACAACUACAAUGGCAAGAGCAAUGGCAGCAGCUUUGAGGACAAGAAGAAGCCCGGAACCGAGUACGGCGCCGGCAAAAAGCUCCACGACCAGAGCAAGGGCAAGGGCAAGGCCCCGUCCACUGCUCACGACGAUGACACUGAGAAUGGCAGCGAAUCCGCAGACGCUGCUGCCGAUGGCGAGCAGGCCAAGCCAGGCAAGCUGUUCAAUGCCAACCAUCGCUUUGCUUCCAACCACAAGGAGGCCAAGCUGCUGCGUAUCGAGCGCAAAGCACACACUGCCCCGCACUUUGAACUCAUCCAGCGUGCCAAGCGCAUCUGGGAGACGCUGCGCCAAAAGCGUAUGCCCAGCGCGGAGCGUCAAGCUCUUGCCGACGAGCUGAUGGGCAUUGUCACUGGCCACAUGAACGAUAUCAUUUUCAAGCACGAUGCUGUGCGUGUCAUUCAGUGCUGCAUCAAAUUCGGCAACGAGGCUCAGCGAGACAUGGUUUUCCAAGAGCUCAAGUCGCACCUUCUUGACAUCCUUCGCAGCAAGUAUGGCAAGUUUGUUGUCUCCAAGAUGCUCAAAUACGGCUCCGCUGAGCAUCGCAAUCACAUUAUCAACGUCAUGACCAAGAUGACUCGCACUCUGAUUCGCCACCGAGACGCCGCGGAUCUUGUCGACACUGCAUACAGCUUGUACGCGAACGCUGCACAGCGCGCUGCUUUGGUGGCUGAUUUCUACGGUCCUCAGUUCUUGCUGUUUAAGACAAGCCCCCAGACGACAUUGAAGGAAGUGAUUGACAGCCAUCCCGAGCUCGAGUCUGUCAUGUUGACGCACCUUAAACAGACGCUCACAGGCUGCUUGGACAAGGGCACCAUUGGCUUCAGUCUUGUGCACCGCGCCUUGCUCGACUUGUAUCUGCACGGCCAAGCUCCUUCGCUCAAGGACAUGUCCUCGAGCUUGAACGAGGCCGUGAUUGACAUUGUGCACACUCGUGAGGGCGCGCACGUCUCUGUCUUGGUCAUCCGUGAUGCCAACGCAAAGGAUCGUAAAACAAUCAUCAAAUCCAUGAAGUCGCUCGUCAAGAAGAUUGGUCUCGACGAGCACGGUUUUGCUGUGCUAUUGGCAUUGUUCGAUAUGGUAGACGAUACAGUCUUGGUAUCCAAGGCCGUCCUUUCCGAAAUUCAAGAGUCUCUCCCCGAGUUUGUCGAGUCCAAGUACGGCUUCCGCGUCUUGCAGUAUCUGCUUGCUCCUCGCUCGAAGCGAUACAUUCCCGAGCAUGUGCUGGCUGUUUUGGCCGAGGGCGAUGGAAACCCAAACAGCAAGAAGGACACGGACGUGCGCCGCGAGGAGUUGCGUCGUGCCAUCCUGCCUUCGCUUGUUGCCUAUGCCACCGAGCAUGUCGAGGCGCUCAGCCGCGACCCCCACAAGCUUCCGCUCAUCCAAGAGCUUGUCUCGAGCUCCAGCGCGACCGAGCUCGCACCCUUCUAUGCUGCUCUUGUUGCCGAGUGUCUCAAGGAUGGCGAGCAAUCGCUCAUCCAGCAUGCCAACGGCCACCGAAUGGUUCGCCAACUGAUCUUGUCCGAGCGCGUUUCUGACGAAGCUCCGUCCUUUGCAAGCCAGUUGUUCUCGCAACUGAGUGGCCAGCAAGAUGCUCUCCUUGAAAGCAACCACGGAUUGUUUGUGGCCAGCGCUUUCGUUCGCUCGCCCGAUGCUGCCGUGGCUGCCUCCGCCAAGACUGCCUUCAACAAGCACAUGAAGGCGCUCAAGGCCAAGAGCACUCUUGCUGGAGCCAAGGUUUUGAUCGAGAGCCUCGAGGGCAAGGCUGCUCCCGCCUCCGCCGAGCCGACGCGUGCUGCCGCUCCCGCAACCCCUGCUGCUGCUGCUGCCAAGCAGCCCGCCAAGAAGGCUGCAGAGAGCACACCUGUUGCUGCCAGCAAACCGACCGCAGCAGCCGUGUCUACUCCUGCCGCCGCUGCUGUUGCCACCCCCAAGGGCAAAGGCAAGACCCCUGCCAAGGCGGCUGCCGCCGCGGCGCCCGCGCCCAUGGAGAUUGACGACGAGCCAGUCGCGACGCCUGCACCUGCAACUGCUCGCAAGGCUGCUGCUGCUGCUGCCGCCACUCCCGCUCGGGCUGCGCCUGCUGCUGCCAUGCCAAGCACACCGACGAACGGUCCUUCGCCACCGGGCGUUCGCACGCGCCAUCAAACAAGCGUGAAGGCUGCUCGCACAAUGGCUGCCGCCGGCGCGAAAACACCAGCUCGUUAAUCGUUUCGUUUUUCAAGUUGCAGCUCUCCAUUUGUUUUUUUUUUCCAUUUUUGCGUGCUCUUGUGUUUUGUGGCCAGUUGUUAUAAAUGUGGAUCCGCAUUGAGCGCACCCCUG